CAAAAAAGUAUAAAAAUUAGUUAGUGUUAGUAUUGGCAAAUUUUCGGUUAAAAAUUUAAAGUGCGGGUGGCAAAAAAAUUAGAAAAAAAAAUAUAAUUGGCCAGGAAAUGAUUUAAAAAGAAGUCACACUUUAUUUUAUAUAUUUUGGGCCAGAAUUAAUGCAUGCAAUUAUCUGCAUUUGCACUGUGUUGUAUUCCAAAAAUAAAAAUGUCUAUAAAAAAGUUAUUCAUAAAAGUUUUUGGUGAGGAUAUAUUUAAAGUACUAGGACCUGAAGAUGACGAGGAAGCACCUGAUGAAGCAACGAAACGUGGAGGCUGCGAUGGUCUCACCUUGCCGGAUCAAUUAUCCUAUUGCAGACAAAUGAUAUUGGUCAAGUCAUGGCUUAAAGGCAAACUGGAUGACAUAAAGGCUAGAUGCCAUGAUGCCGUGGUGCAGCAACAGCUGGAAAUGCGGUCAAGGUUGGGACCGGAAUAUGUCAUAUUCGAUAUUGAUUUUUCAUCAACGGCUCGAGUGGCCAAUGAUAGACUCUCGGUGAGGUCUCAGGGUAGUUUCAACACCAUCAAAGCCAAUGCCUGUGUUUUCGGCGGUCGCUGGAUGUAUGAGGUUCAACUACAUAGUAAGGGGGUCAUGCAAGUGGGCUGGUGCUCCAAAAAAUGUGUGUUCAAUGAAAACAGUGGAGUGGGAGAUUCAAAGCUGAGUUAUGGUUACGAUGGUAGCAAACAACAGAGUUGGCAUAUAUCAACGGCAAAAUACGGUGAAAAAUGGCAAAUUGGCGAUAUCAUUGGUGUCACCCUGGACAUUGAACAAGAAGAAAUCACCUAUUAUCGCAAUGGCAUAUCAAUGGGUGUGGCAUUUUCCAAACUGGAAAAAGGACCUGGCAUAACAUUUUUUCCCGCCAUUUCCUUAGGCUAUAAUCAAAGUGUACAGGCUAACUUUGGUAAUAGUCCCUUUAAAUACCCCGUGGCUGACUAUAAGCCCCUCAUGGCUGUUCCCAUAGUCAAUGUACAAAGAGCUGAACUAUUGCUGGGCUAUUUAAUGAAUAUGUCUACAAUUGUAGCUCGCUAUAAUAGCGAGAAAAGUAAAAAGCCCAAAGAGGAUAAGCUAUCGACCAAGAAAACUGUCUACGUGGUAUUUUGCACACUGAUUAUUGAGCAUUUAUCGCCACUGCUAUUCAAUAGCUAUGUGAUCGAAAGUAAGCUGUUGGAUGUCAUAAGACAUGCUUGCAAUUUAAGAAAUGACAGCGAUGCCAUACAACCGGGACAUUCGGAAAGUGUUUUGGGAGCCUUAUUGGAUAUUUUAUGGAACUACAUGGAAGUCGAGGAGAUGAAAUAUAUUCUCAAGAAAUUGGCCAAUGCUUUAUUAAGUGAUUUCACUCAAACCAAUAAGGCUUUGGAUUAUGGACCACAACGUCUGGCGCUGCAAACAUUAAUAGGCCUGUGCAAUCACACCAGGACGCGUAAAAUUUAUUUGGAAUAUAAGUUUUUCAAAAAACAUUUUUUGGCCUUACUUAUGUAUAUAAGACCUCCAGAGUUUUCCUAUAUGCAAACACUUAUACCAGACCAUCUGGCUUGGACCGAAGGCAUAGGAGGGCCCAAAAGCAAAUACCUUGCUGCUGUGGAGCAAAUAUCAAAAUCAACAGACUUUGUUUAUGCUUUGCAAAAGACUUUGUUGUUGAGUUUGCUAACUAAUGAUGAUGGUGACAUGGUCUCUUCCUCAAGUCGCAAAAUAUUUCUAGCCAAAUUGCGUCGUUACGUAAUGGACCUUAGUAUGGAACAAAGGCCUUAUCACACUUUGUUUUUUAUGCAAUCCAGCAUUUUGCAUCCCAUUGAAAAUACCGUAGCAUUGGCCUUUAUCUGCAUACUCAUUGAUGUGACCAAGACAGCUUUUGAAAGGGAAAUAGCCAGCCGUGAUAUUGCAAUAUCACCCACCUAUUUUUAUGAUGGGAGUUUUGAGUAUCAACAUUUUGAUCGUGUUGGUGGUGUGUUAUCGCAUCUGCGCAAGGUUCAUCGCAAUGAUAUUCAACAACAUUUGGGGGUUGAAAGGACCCAAGAGCUAUUGGAAGAUGAUCGAGUCAUUGUGAGAGUAACAGAUUUAACUGCUGAAUCAAUAACCAACGUUUCUAUGGCGGGCGGUCCUCUCAGUAGUAAUUCAACGGCCUUGACAACCCUGUUAAAUCCUCGCCUUAACCAAGUUUUCGAACUUAAGCCGGGCAAUAGUAAUACCGAAGCCUCACUCUAUGAUUUAUUGGAUCUUUGUGUCUUAUAUUACUACUGUGUAGGUCAUAAGUAUAUAGUAAAGAUUGCCUCUGUUCGUGAUGAAAUAGCCGCCUUAAAUGAUGUUCUUCUAGAGACCAAAUUCUAUCGUGAAGAUGUUGAAAAGAAGUUGCAAGUAUUAGAGGAUCAUGCCAGUGUUUGUAUGGAUGAACAGCAUUCGCAUGUGGUAUCGGAAUUGAGAACAAAGUUCAGUCAAAGGGAAAAUGUUUUUGCGAAACGCUCAAUUGAACUGGCUCGCAAACAAGCUUGGUAUCGUGCCGUUGCCUUGGGACCCAAAAGGCGCAAACUUUUAACCUGGCUUCUGGAUAAGGCUUUGAGGACUCUAAAUGCAUCCUCAAAGGAAGGCCCACUCUUCUCAUUUGUUCCUGAAGUCUACAUUAAUAUAUUACCCAUUCUUUUGGAUACCGUUAUGGAUUUUAGCAAUCAUGAUCUGCUGGUUCAAUUUGAAAUACAAGAUUCCGAAUGUGUUAUCGAUGCAGUGGCAAAUUUUCUAAGUAUACACUCAGCAGAUUCGCGUAUUGUGUUGGCCUCAUGCAAGGAUUCUUUGUUGCAAGCUUUGGGCACAUUAACAUGCCACAAAGCUGGUAUACAGGCAUUGGAAAGAGCUCCCAGAAAAAGUCAAGUGGCCUUGGCCAAAGCCUUGCUUAGGCCCUAUGAAAAUCGUGCCUGGGGUCAAAGCAAUUGGUUGAUAUUACGUUUCUGGCUGGGACAAGGUUUUGCCUAUCGCGAUGCCCGCCAGCCUUGUGUUUGGCAGGGUGGCAAUACCCCAUUGCAUUUUGGCCUUUGUAGAUCACGUUCGAAAAAUGAAACCCAUACCGGCCUACUUCACAAUAUAGCACCUGCAAAUCCGUCCAAACAUUUUCAAGAACUGAUUGGUUUAAAGCUAACCGAAGACGAACCCUUGGCCACGGCCUUUUUGAAUUCAGUAUUGAGUCAAUUAAAUUGGGCCUUUUCCGAGUUUAUUUUACUGUUGCAAGAAAUACAAAAUACUGCCCACCGGCAAGAGAAUACCAUUUUUGAGCCCAAACAAUUGAAAAUAUGUUCCAUGUGCUUUGAAUUGACUGUUUCACUAAUGCGUUGCUUGGAAAUGAUUAUAACAGUGGCCCCUGAUAUUUUCCAUGAUCCUUGUCGUGCCAAUAGUGAUUUGGUUUUGAAUCGUGUAUGCCAGCUGAUAAGUCAGGUUCUAUCAAGGGUCACAGUUCCUCCAGGAUGUUUCCAAUUUGUUGUUGAUAUGUGUUCGGCGGAUUUAAAUGCUGUGACACAUUUUCCCAUCAUAACGGCUGCUUUGGGUAUACUUUUGGCCUUAUUCAAGGAUGAAAUGGACAGUGAUAAAAGUCUAUCGAAGGUAACUCGCAUCUCUCGAGCACUUUUAACGGAUCCUAGUUUUCAAUUUGCCAAUUUGGAAUUUGCCAUGGGAGAAAUAAAGACGCCUAUUCUACAACAAAGUGAAAUUCCAAGAGGAAACUUCGAUCCAUCAACUAGGGCCCACAUUGACCCACUGACCAAUGAUGUGCGAAUACCUCAACCAACUACCUCCACCUCAAAGAAGAUACGAGCUGAUCCGCCUAUAUUAAAAUUUAGUCUAGCCGAUUUUCCUACCCAUGUUACACCAGAGGAAACCGAAAAGGUGAAACGUCUCAUCGAUAUGCUGAAAGCCAAACAAUCACUGCUGUCUGACAUAACAUUGCCAUCCGAGGAUUCUUUGUGUCCAAUUUGUUGUGCCAAACCCAUAGCUGUGGUGUUUACACCAUGUAAACAUCAAUCCUGCCGCAAUUGCAUAUUGCAACAUCUGAUGAACUCAAAAGUGUGCUUCUAUUGCAAGACGCUUAUAAAAACUAUAGAAACAUCCGAUGGGAGUGUUGUCUAUCAGAAUGCAGAAUAUCUGCAAACUCCCACAUUGUUUGAAGUGUAGAGUUACUUACACUCACUUCUGUUAAAGGUAAGGCGUUUAUCUUUCAUAACAAACAAAAAAGACAGAGUAAUCAAACUCGCAAUCAACCCACCCUGGACAUAACAAAACAAUCUCAUUAUCUAUUCUAGUCAUUUACUAUCGAAAUAUUUAUAUUUUUUCUAAACAAAAAUCUAAGUUUAGUUACACUUGUACUGCAUUAACAAACCAAACAUACAAACUAACCAACAUACAUACCUUUAACACUGCCUAAAUUUUGUUAUCUAUGGGGUCUGUCUAUUACAACUAGGCAAUUAUUACCCAAAAACUCCCAUAUUUUUUAUUAUUAAAAUUUUAUUGUUACAAAAAAAUUUAGUUGAGACAAAGCUUUAAAUGUUCUUUAUACUCUCUAGCUAUUGUGAUAGAAAUCGAAUAUGUUAAAAUUUUCAAAAUAUUUCAUAAUAUAAUUUUUAAACUGCUUUGGAUGGAAGAGUAAAAGGAGCAAAAACAAAUUAAAAAUGCAUUUAUUCAUAUUAUGACUGUAAAUAUCAUCUAUUUGUACAUUACAAAAUAACAUACAACAACAGAUCUCUUACACAAAUUUUAAGGAUUUUUAGUGAAAAAUGAAUUAACAAGGAAAACCGCCACACAUAAAUAUACACCACAACAUAUACAAUAUUUUGCUUGCAAAGCUUUUUAAAUAAAUUUAAUAAAAUCUAUCAAAAACACACCUGUGAAUAAACACUGCCAAUGGAUAAAAAAGA